UGGGAAGAACCGAAUCAGAAGAAUCGACUCUUGGACUGGAGCAGAGCCGCCGUGUUUACGGGCUUUUCGAGAAGUUGCUGUCCCUCCUGCGGGUCUCUGCGGGUCUCUGCGGGUUUGUGCGGCUUUGUGGAGACUCGGCAGUUCGGGCGGGGACUGAGGCCGGGCUGGGCCGCGCUGUGAGCCGCAGGGACUGUGCGCUGAGGCCGGUAGCCGGGCUGUGUAUGGGUGUGUAGAGGGUAUGAGCGGAGGCGCAGCGCGGGGGUAGAGAGUCAUGUACCGCUCCCUGUUCGCCUUCAGAUCCGGGGAGCCGAACUCCCUCCGCUUCUCCCCCGGAGAAACCUUCCUCAUCCUGGAGCGCAGCAACCAGCACUGGUGGCUCGGGUCCCGCUGCAGCUCCGGGGAGACCGGAUACAUCCCCGCCUCUUACAUAGAGAAGAUCCAGGCUCCAGAGCAGGAUGAUGUUCUGCAGUCUAUUGAUCGAGCCAUUGAGGGGAUCCAUAACAUGGCGAUGAAGAACGGAGGGAAAUACAACCUGGAGCAGAGAGAAGUGCUGCAGAAGUUGAUUCACCACAGGAAGGAAACUCUUUCCCGUCGGAGUCCGACUCCGUCCAAGCAGGGAAUUCCCUCCUCCAGCAGUGAGCUGUCACUCAGCCACACCCCCCAGCCGCCCAACGGCCUGAGCCGCGCCUUCAGCUGCCAGGGCAGCGAGCCGAUCGCUGACGUCUCUGAGAACGUCCCCGGACUUUAUCAGAUUCCCCCUCAACCCCGCAGAGCCGCUCCUAUAACCCCCCCUCCUCCAGAGAAACGGAGGGAGACCCGACGCCCAGAUCCUGAUGUGCCAGUCAGAGUGACCCCCUCUGGCCCCGCCCCCAGCCCUGAUCAGCCAACUGCUGCAGCUUCGCCCUCCCCAAUCUCCCCCUCCUCACACUCUGGCUCCACCCACUCUGUCGUUUCCUCCGAUGUCAGUCUUCCCAGUGCCAGCAGCACUCCGCCUCCUGUGCCAAGCCGAGCUAAAGCUCCACCCCCUCCUCCCCCUGAGCGCACACCAUCCCCAAACUCCCAAUCAGCUCCCUCUAAGAAAGGCCCCGCCCCUCAACCCCAGCCCCAGCCAACCACAGCACAGCCCGUCACACCCCAGCCUCCCCUCGAAGACCAGUCAGAAGCUGAGUGGCCCUCGGCCCCGCCCCCCAUUUCCAUCAGCCCCACCAGUAGCCCCACCCACAGUUCAGCGUCUGUCCCCAUGACGACGGGUGCGGAGUUAAUCGAGCUGGUGAGGAAGAACACGGGCCUUAGUUACGAGAUGUCGCGUGUUGCCGUGGGCGUGGUCGUCGGGCAUCUGCAGACCACCAUACCAAGCGUGUCAGCUGACCUGGAGCAGGUCCUGCUGUCAUUGGUCGAGAGCAAGGAUCUGAGUACAGCGCUGCCGCAGGGGCAGGUGUGUCAUGAUGAGCAGAGGUUGGAGGUGAUAUUUGGGGAUCUGGCUCGACACCGGGACGACUCACAGCAGCGCAGCUGGGCUCUGUAUGAGGAUCACGAACUCAUAGCCUGCUACCUGGAGGAACUGCUGCAGAUACUGACUGAUGCAGAUCCAGAGGUGUGUAAGAAAAUGUGCAGAGCCAAUCACUCAGAGCCAGUUCUCUCUCUCGUCUCCUACUAUCAAAUGGAGCACAGGGUGUCUCUGCGUCUGCUGCUGCUGAAGGUGUUUGGAGCGAUGUGUGGUUUAGAUGGGUCCCUGAUCUCCACGCUGCUCAACUCCAUCCUGCCCAUGGAACUGGCCAGAGACCUGCAGACCGACACACAGGAGCAUCAGAAGAUGUGUUACACGGCUCUGGUUCUGGCCAUGAUCUUCUGCAUGGGCGAGCAGGUGCCCUACCGGCAUUAUGACCACCUGAACUCCAGUUUUAUCCAGUUUCUGCUGGACGUGAUUGAGGACGGUAUUUCUUCUGAUCCCACUGAACAGCUACCUGAUCUCUUCAUCAACGUGCUGCUGGCCUUCAACCUGCACCUUACAGUGCCGGAGGAUAACAUGGUGAUGCAGACGCUGAUAAAGAGACACAAUGUAAAGACUCUGUCUGAGAAGAUUCUGCUGCUGCUCAACAGAGGAGAGGACCCUGUGUGUGUGUUUAAGCACGAGCCCCCGGCUCCUCACUCCGUCCUGAAGUUCCUGCAGGACGUUUUUGCCAGUCGGGACACCGGGGACAUUUUCUAUCACACUGAUAUGAUGGUGAUGAUUGACAUCGCUGUACGGCAGAUCUCAGAUCUGUCUCCAGGAGAUAAGCUGAGGAUGGAGUAUCUCUCUCUGAUGCACGCUAUAAUGCGCUCCACCGACUACAUGCAGCACCAGCACCGUCUGCCGGACCUGCAGGCGACGCUGCAGAGGAUUCAGGGAGAGGAGGACGACCCCGGAGAGGAGGAGAGCGCCACCACCGCCCGGCAAAUGGACAAACUCAUAGUUCAGCAAAUUUACAAAGAGUUUCCUCAGAUCAGCAAGAACUGAGGGCUCUGUACAUAAUGGCUGAUGGAGCAUGCUCCAGAGAACGCCCUUAUAAAGAGGGAACAAGGGUACAAUACAGGAGGCCAAUAAGAAUUACUCUAAAUUAGGAGAAGAAAUGAAAAAAAUAAUAAUAAUAAUAAUUUGAGUUUAGGUUUAGUAGUUCUGCAUGGUACUCUUCAUCUCCUGAUGAAACGUUUGUUAAACUUGAGAGCAAAAACAUGCAGUAAAUACAGUAACUUGUGCACAGUGUGUUGCAGUUGUAAACUAAACACGAAGUGAAACUGAAUUUGGAUUUGAAUGAAUAAAUAAUAGUUACUAAAAUAUAAGUUUGAAUAUUAAAUCUUAUGUCAGCCAAUACCAUGCAUACUCGGUUCCGAUACAUCAGCUCACAGACGCAGCCUUGUGCUGAUCCACAUCACCCUAGGAGUGAUGAGGGGAAAGAAAGAGUGCCAUCUACUGUACCCACACAGAAAAAGCAAGGCUCUCAAUUGUGCUCUCUCAGGGCUCUGGCAGCUGAUGCCAAGCUGCAUGAACAGGAUUCGAAACGGCUGAUCGAAACAGCUGAUCGAAUCUCCUGAUCAUAGUGGCAGCACUUAGCCUGCUGGACCACUAGGAGCCCAAAAUCAUCUAUUUUUAACAAUAAACCCAUUACAUCUUCAUUCAUACAGUACAUCCAUGGUCUUAUCUAUACCCCUCCAACCCCACUCAUCCCCAUUCAUAUCCAUCACUAUCUAUACCCAUUUUCAUUAAUCCAUCAUUUAAAAUAUUAUUUUCCCCAUUUAUAUCUAAUUCUCCCCCAUUUCCUUCUCUGUCCACUCAUGAUAUCCAUUCAUACAGAUGGUGCACUUCUACUGAUACUGUAAGUUUAAUGUUUCCUAAAGAAACUUCUAUAAAUAAAAGUGAUUAUAUUCACUUCUAUAAUGAGCCCACUAUUAUAUAUUAGUAAAAAGUGAAACACAUUGUUAAAAACUCAAACAAUCAUUCUUACUGCAGCAUCCUCCAACAGCCAUAAACAAUAAUAAUAAUAAUUAUAAUAAUAAUUCUCUGUAAUCAAUUCAAUAAUCCAUCCUCCCUCGAUCAUAAAAAUCAGUAUUCUCCCUCCUGAGGGCCCUUACUCUAGUGUAGUUCUGUACAUUAACUUACUACAGACUUACUCUGGUCUUACUACUUCAGCUUUGAGGGGUAACAGCAAUGCUAACUAACUGAACUCUGAACUCUUUCUGAAUCUCAGCUGUGGGGCUGUCACUGGAUAUUGAUUAUUUUAUUGAUUAUUUUAAUGAAUAAUCAAGAAAUCGAGAAAGUUUAAUCAUAAAAAAUUAGGGCUGUACAAUACAAUACUGUACAUUGUUAUCAAUAUCGAUAUAAAGUUUAGUGCAAUAAAAAAUUUAAAUUUAAAAGAAUUGCUGCUCGAUACAAGAAAAAAGAGCACACUUUUCUGGCAUUGUCGUUUAUUUAGCUCUAGUCAUUGACAAUUGACAUGCUGACAAAUUUGGUGCAAAUUCCUGUAUUUUCUAAUAUCGCAAUAUACUGCAUAUCGCAAAACAAAAAAAAUAUUGUUAAUAUUAAUUAAUAUAAUUUUCCAAUAUCAUGCAGCCCUAGCAAAAUUCACUUUACUGUACAAUACCAGCAUGCUGUGGCUCUUUAAAAAAAAAGCCAAGAAAAACUACGCUAAACUUUGAGCUUUUAAUAUGAUAAUGAAACAGAUAUGCAUUAAGUUACACACUCUCUCUUCUAGUCUGAGCAACCGGAACUGACGAGCUGUCGCUUAGCAACCAUCUAAGCUAAAAAACAGCAUCUGUGUCUGUUGCCAUGGUAAUGUAAUCUUACAAACGUUAGUUUGUUAGUCUUAAUAGUCAGCUGUCAUUCACGCACAAUCAUUAAAAUAUUAGGUUACACCCAUUAGGCCACAUUUCUCAGAGACGUUCAUGCCUUUCAUAUUGAGGAGUGUUUUAUCAAAUUUCUGCUUUGUUUCUGAUUUCUAACUUAACUUUAAACUUUAAAGUUAAGUAAUGCACAAAAAAACCAAUGUAUACAAAUGAGUUCCCAUGUCCUUCAUACACACCAGUGGAGCUUCUAAAAUUGCUAUGCUAAUUCUGAUGCAUACAUUAACACUAGACAUGCUAGCUAAGAGGCUUUGGAAGUGCACAGUUUUAGUGUUAGCCUUGUUAGCUGGUUGUGGAUGAUAAUGGCUAAUUACAACUAGGUUAAUUGUCCCACUCAUUCAGCUGUAUAUCCCUCUAUCACUAGUGAUGCCACAACACAAGGAGGCUAAAGACUAGCACAUGCCUCCUCCGAUACAUAUGAAGUCAGACUCCGCCUCUUUUUGAACUGCUGCUGAUGCUGUAGCAUUGUCGAAUAUCAUCACAGCGCUAAUGCUCAGAGGAAAGCGCAGAGACUCUGUUCUGAAACAUCAGCUCACAGACGCAGCCUUGUGCUGAUCCACAUCACCCUAGGAGUGAUCAGGGGAAAGAGCGCUAGUGUACUGUACCCACCCAGAGAGAGCAAGGCUCCCAGUUGUGCUCUCUCAGGGCUCCGGCAGCUGAUGCUGAGCUGUAUGACCAGGCUUCGAACCAGCUUUAGCCUGCUGGAUCACUCGGAUUAUUGUACUCUUUUUUUUUUUUGUUUUGUUUUUUUUAUCCAGUAAGUGACAGCCCUACUUAGCUGACUCGUCUUCAUCAUUGGCAUGUUGACUUUUACGAUGCUAUUGCCGCCAUUUAACCACACUGGCUAAUGCUAAUGCUCUAAAACAGCGUCUCGCUAGAUUCAGUCCUGAAGUUCUUGCUGUUGCCAAAAACUGCACUGUACAAUACUGAGCCUUACUGCUAACUCUGCUCAGCUGCAUCUACUAACAUAGUCUACAGUAUCCUGCUCUGAACGUGUUCCAGUGUUCUGAAUGCCGGUGUUUCGGGUUUUUUUUAAAGUAAUGAGGGUUGGAGUUGUUGAAACUUGGCCGUUAUUUUGUGUGAAAGGGGAAAUUUUACGUUUUUAGAAUUCUUUGCAUAAUUCUGAGUUUGAGAUGAACACAUUAUUAUUGUGGUUUGGUGUGAAGUUAUGUUUUUUUUUUUUUUAGAGAGAAACUUGCCAAACUCUGAUAUAAAAGAAUGACAGACUAGAGCUGCACGAUAUAUCGUUUAAGCAUCAUCAUCGUGAUGUGCUCAUGCGUAAUAGUCACAUCGCAGGACGUGCAAUGUCACUGAAUGCAAUUAAAUCAAACACGUCAUGUUGCAAUGUUUUGAUUCUUGACACAAGAAGUAGAUACACAGCGCUGUCUCUGUGUCUGUGUGAGUGACAGGCUGCUGCUGCCUGAGAAGCGCGAGGGGCCUCCAUCCACAUGGUUGGGCACGUGCUUUUAAACGUGAGCACAUGUGGAAAGCUGUGCACCUCAGUCCAGCACAGUUUAACAGUGCAGAUAUUUCCAGUUACAGCUGAAUUCACGCUUUUAAUGCCAGAAAAACAAACGCUCUUAUUUACCUUUAAAAAAGCCAUUUAAAUGCCUGAUUAAAGGGCCGAUCACUGUUGAUUUGCUGUUUUUCUCUGACUUUGAGAGCUCUGCGCUGACUCAGCUUUUGAUUGGUCUGGACGUGAGACAGCGUGCCGGUGGGGGCGGAGCUGGUGAAGCCUUGGACCUUGCAUUGUUUAAUAUUGCAAUAUAUAUAUAUCGUCAAAAAAGGAACAUUUGCAAUGUAAAAUUUUUCUAUCAUGCAUCCCUUCUACAGAGGUCUUCUGAGUCGUAUAUGAAAAGUUUAAUAUAAUAAACAGCAGAAAAUAUGAGAAAAUAGACCUACAUAUUUUCUUAAGGAACUCCCUACAUGUCUUCCUUCACAAGCGUUUUAAUGAUACAUUAUUAUAAAACCAGGUUUUAGACCCAGAAUCAGCUCAAAACUCUGGUAAAACAGUCUCUAAGGCAUCUCAUGAUAUGAUAUUAUCCCAAUACAUUGCUCACGAUAAUGAUAUCACGAUACUGUGAUUAUAAAAUACUUAAAAAACAAAACUCAGAAACAAGUAAAUAUUAGGAAUUAUGAAUUUAUUGUUGUUUCAGUUUCACAGAACUUAUUUAACAACCAGUAUUCUUCACUACAGGCUUUUUAACCCUAUUCGUUUGAUUAUAGCGCCGCCAUGUGGAGUAAUGAAGUAAUGCAGCAACUUUAGUAGUCCCUCUAGGAGUUUAGAGGGACUAUAGUUUAGUACAAAUAUCCAUAUUUGAGGCCACAUAUCAAACUUAUACAAUAUAUUACAAAAUCAAUGAUUUUUAGCUAUUUGGUAAAAGAAUUUCAGACAAUUCUGAGUGGAUUAGUUUCUCUAGAAUGGAUUGUUUCACUCCAAACUCACACUAGUGAGAUUGUUCACUUUUUAACGGAUUAAUUGUGCAAAGAAUUUCUCCUUUUUUAUUGUUUCUUUGUUUUAAGUCUGUUAACCAGAUUCACAAAUCAUCUCAUGUCUCACCCUCUACCUCUUCUGUUCCUAUACAUAUCUAAUAGAUGACAUGACUGAGGUUUUUAAUCUCUCUCUCUCUCUUUCUCCCUUUCUCUCUCUUUUUAUUCCUCUCUCUCUUUUUCUCUUUCUCAAAUUUAAAUAGCUUUAUUGCCAUAAAUUGCAAAUAUCUUUCUCUCUCUCUUUCUCUUUCUUUCUUUGUCUCUCUCUCUGCCUUUUCUCUCUUUUUUUCUUGCUAUCUCUUUCUUUGUUUGCUCUCUCUCUCUCUCUCUCUCUCUUUGUCUCUCUCUCUUUCUUUCUUUCUUUCUUUCUUUCUUACUUUCUUUCUCUCUUUUACUCUCUGUCUCUUUUCUUUCUCUUUCUUUCUUUCUUUUUUUCUUUCUCUCUUUCUCUCUCUAUCAGUCAUUUAGUCGAUUAAUUCCAUUUAUGCAAUCUUAUCUAAUUGUCUUUGUUCUGUGUUUCUUCUUAUUACUCACUUAAUUGUCGGUACCUUUUAUCAUUUCCUAAGUAUUAUAACUGUGAUAUAACACACACACACACACUUUCAUCUUUUACACACACACACAUGUACACACACACAUGUACACACACACACACACACUAUGGCAUUACAUAGCUGCAGAUGCAUGGAGUGAGUGAAAGCAGAGUGUGUGUUUUUUGAGUUCUAUGGGUUUAAAGCGAGCGGCGGUGUGUGUGAGGUGAGAUCUGUGCCACCGGUGAGAAGAAUUUGACUGUACUAUAUUUUCCCAGCAGAGUGUUCAGAAAGGAACUGGUAGCAAAAUGUAUUUUCAUAAAUGUUUACAAGACUAAUAAAGACGCCAGCCGUCCUGAUGAACACAAACA